GCUUCCAUUCAGUUCGGUGUUCGGCAGAGCAAACCCCUUUCUGUGCUGUGGACGACACCCAGUAGUGUUUCCGGUGCACACAUUCCCACUCCCCACCCGGGCCAGCACAACGCUUCUUCGCGGUCGAGCCUGUGCUCCUCGAAAGGGUUAAUUUAUAGAGUGACACCUGAGCCCCCUGAGGUGAGGCGACGACCCGAGCUCGGAGCUCCGAGGAGUUAGGGCCACGAACGCGCGCGCCAGUGAGUCACUAGGCUGACCGUGAGUGAGUGAUCCGUCUUUGUCGUGCCAUCGUGUGACUCACGUCAUCCGGACCCGACCCUGACCGUCUGGCCGUCCUGCGACCCGGUACAAUCCGCCAACGGCGCCACCACCACCACCAGCAACCUCCAGUAGCCCCAAGUGCCCCCGAUCAAUCCCCACCGGUACCCGACAUUCGGCGGCAGCACACGUCACGUCCGACCGACCGACACCGGACACCAGGAGAGUAGUAAGCAUGGCCGACUCGGUGGAAGUGGAGCAGAUGGCUGAAGCCAAGCCACGAAAGAUGGCACUACCAACUUCGCUCGACAAGGAUGCGAUUCGGGAGGCGUACGAGGACGUGCGCUCCAAUCUAAGCGAUAACGAUUGGGCCGUGUUCAAGUUCGACGGGCUGAAAAUCGUCUGCUCGGCCAAAGGUCAAGGCUUCCAGGAACUUUGCGACGAAUUUCAAGACGACGAGCGUGCCUUCGGCUACGUUCGAAUACAGAUGGGCGACGAGAUGUCCAAGCGCAGUAAAUUUCUGUUCCUCACGUGGAUUGGGCCGGAGGUUGGCGUAAUGCAGCGCGCCAAGAUGUCUACCGACAAGUCGAUCAUCAAAGAUGUGAUCAAUAACUUUGCCGUUGAGCUGCAAGUCGAAACGAGUGCCGAUCUGGACCUGGAAAUGUUCAAGAUGCACCUGAACAAGGCGGGCGGCGCCAACUAUGGCACGGGCGUACGAGACCUGUAAGCGCUGUGCCGAUAGAAAGUAGGAAACGAGCGAGAGCGGACCAAUGCACGGGACCUUCGUUUGUCCGCGACGAACGGAUCGCGGGUCCUGUUGUAGCAAGUAACAUCGCCAAAAAAACGAAAAAUGUAAAUGGAACAUUCGAUUUUUCGAGAACACCCGACGAGAGGACCUGACGUCGCUCGCAUCAAACGACGGCCACUAAACCAGCGACCAACCGCGCAACCUUAGGAUUUAGAUUGUACGUGUUUAAAAAUCUGCUAUUUAACACUCGUCUACCCAUGUGCUCAUUGCUGCCUCGUUGAAUGUGGUGUCACCUUCGUAGACGAUGGACACUUCAUCGAUUUCUGUCGUUCCUUGUUAUCUAAAUCUAACGCUUUUGGCAUUCCGGUUUCAAUCUCAUCGAUGAGCGAUCGCAGAGAUUGUUUCAAUUUUCACCCGUGUUCGAUCUCAUCAGUUCGCCCGUCUGCUUAACGCUUCACGCACGCAUUUCAAAGUAUUUUAUAGUUAAGACAGCGGAACUGUGUUUGCCGCUACCUAUUUGGCUACUACCAUACCAGGGAGCAGACAGACGCUCAUCACGUACCUGCUUUAUGAUAAACAGCAAGCAGGAUAGGUAAAUGAUGGCAGUACACGAUGCCGCAGUUAAAAAGAUGUAACAGAAAUUAUAAAUUCGUAACUCUUAACUGAAAAGCGCACACACCAUAGAUAGUCCGCACAAAAUAUAACUUGCGACUUGCGACAGACACGAAAAACAACAAACGGCACAAUGCAGGGAUAGGAAACGUAGAGUGCGGCAAUGCUUUCUGCUUAAAAUCGUUACACAACGUGGGCAAAAACUGUGCGACUGUUUUGCGAGUGUAUAUCCAUGCCACCAGUAGGAAGAACUAUUUAUCUGCAAUGUUGUAAUUGGAUAGGAUGAAAAAUUAAAUAAAGUGAACGAAAAACCCCUACAUCGGUAGAGUUAAACAUGGAACAAACAGAAAAGACCAUACCUGUUGCGGAAGAUACUUUACCCAAAUUUGGUGACCACGGAGUGGACGAAUCCAUCCUCCAUUUUCAUCUGAGGACACUGUUCGGCGCUGUAGGUACAUGCGCAACCUGAUUUCACGAUAUUUUUUCUCAUUGCCAGAGCAGUGCGUUUUGUACUGCCCAAAAAACCGAGUAGCAUACGGCACGAAAGUUAACAGGAGCCCAAGUGAAGGAGUAAAAAAAGUUGUGCACCCAUCUAAAGCGAAAAUGAGCAAUUAACCAACAAGAAAAAGGGGAAAGCUACAUGCCCAGCUAAAUUUUUUACAGCGAGUGAAAGGGACUGACUUUGUGUCUACUGCAAUCUACACCUAAAACAAAGAAAACAAUAUGAAAUUAAUCUUUCACAACCUACAAUGUAAGGAUUUAACAACUCCAGCCAAUUUUUGUUUCCUACCAACCCGUCGUAUGGCAGUACGCCGUAAAAUGCAGGGUUUAUGUUAAAGGUCGAAUGGUUCUUUACCCUUUCAUGCCUGAGUCAGCGACAUGUGAGAACAAGCAUCACCUAGCGACUCCUGAUGUGUAUCUAUAAGAUUGAUUGUGAAUGUGUUUCUGGUUUUCGCCAUCUGCCUUCGUCACAAACGAGAAAUACGCUCAGAAAGCGACCGAACACCGCUUCGGGAGAGAACCGAUUGUACGCCACUGAAAAUAUUCUCCCAGUGUAGAAAUAAAACUAUAAACUGAUUCAAAACUACUUAGCGGCAUUUUGAAUGUGAUAAUAAUGUGCUGCCUUUUUCUAAAUAUUUGCUUCGGUUAACUCCGUUGUAUUGGCCACUAGAAACUGUAGACAGUUGGGAGUUGUGUUUUGCAGCUUCGUUCAUUUUCCAAGCUUUACUUUUUCCCCAAGCAGCGCUCACGACGAGGUGCAUCAAUUAGAACGGAUUCUAACAGCUCAGAAAUUUCUACUCAGCCUAACCGGGUUACGGGUGUGCUAUCGACCAACUUUCGAUUGAGAUAGAAGACGUGUCGAUUUUCUCGAUGCUUUCACGGUGCAGCAGAUAGAGUACCAAAGUACAGAGUGGUGCGAGCGUGACCCGCUGUCGAGUUUUGCUUGUACUUCUAUAACUAGCCAUGAAUAACAUUCAGGAAAACUUCCUUUUCGAGGCCGUCUCUUUGAAACGUACAUAUAUU